AUAAAAAUGACACGUAUUCCAAGUAUUCUCCUACUCUCACUAUUGCUUGUUUCAACAUAAGGUUACUUUUAAGAUAAAGAACAUAGAGAGGAAGCUAAAUCAUUCUUUUUGAAUUUUAUAAAAGAGUUUACAAAUUAAUAUACUGCUAUAUCAGCUGAGGGUUUGGAUUAUAUGGAAUCAAUGAAAUUAGCUUUUAAUUAUUGGAUAACAAAAAUAAAGAUUCAUAAUUUUGCAGAAUUAAAAGUAAAAAUAAGAAAUAAAAAAAGGUUGAUUAUGAUGUUAAUCAUGAUAUUUUAGAAGUAUCAGCUCCAACUCUUAACAUAGAUUUAAUAGUGGAGAAUACAUACACAAUUCCCAUAAAGAUUGAAGAGUAUAUAAAAUAAAUAUUUCAGUUUAUUUGUAUCAAUAAUAUUCAACACUGGUCCAACACACUUUAGAUGUGCAGAGGUGGAAAUAGAUUAUGGAUCUGUUUCUUUGGAUAUGAAUAUUAUAAUAGAAUAUACAACAAGACAAUUGUUAUCAUUAGAUAUAGUAAAAUCAGCAAUAAAGAAAUCAGAGACUCCAAUAAAACUUAUUUUAAUAAAUGCAAUUAGAGUAUAUAUAUUGAUUGAAUAAUAAAAAAGAACAAUCAUUAAAGAAUAAAUGGAUUAAUAAAUGAUUUGAGAACAGGUUCAUUGAAUCCAGGAGUACUCUUAGCCUAAUUACCAAAUGUACAAUUUACAAGAGUGGAGAAUGGAGAAUAUAUCAUAAAUAUUAGAUAAAUUUUCAGUUUUGAAUCUUAGAAAGAUAAAGAAAAGAAAGACGAUCUUUGAAUUAUAAUUAUAUAUGUGAGAUUAUCAAAUUUGUUAUUAAGG